AUGCCUACGUGGAAUCCGUUUGGUAAGCCUGGAGCAGGUGCUCCGCCAGGUACAGAUAAUAAUUUUCGAACAAAUCAACAGCCAAAUCAGAAUAUUAAUAAUAACGGUUAUCCAAUUCCAGUUCACAAUGAACGAUCUACAACUAAUACUCACCAGCCACUACAACCAUUGCCUCAGAAUCGUCCCCAAACUCAAUUUCGUUUACCCAUUGACGAUGAUUUGUACAAAAAUAGUAAUUUCAAUGAUGGUCAUUCAUUGGCGACAACGUUAACUGAUCAAACAAAAGUGCCAGCAGCAAUGCGUACAAAUUUACUAUUUGGCGAUGUUCGAUUUGAUGAUCAGGUUAAAACGGCUAAAGAACUUGAGCGAAAACAAUGGUUGGAUGAUUUAAAAUUACAAAUAGAAGAAAAUAAACGACAAAAAAUCACACAAAAAGAGAGUGAACGAAAACAAGAUAUUUUGCAAGAACAAAUACAGCCACUUUUAGAAAAAGCAACGCAUAACCAUUAUCAAAAUCGACAACAAAAUGGAUUUAGUCAACAAAAUUUAUCACCAAGAUCUAACGGUGAUAAAGAUAAAGGAGAAGCGGAUAAAACAAAUAUUUUGGGACAACCGCCACAACAUUCACAACCAUCAUCGGACAUACAAAAAUUAAAUCGUCAUGAAAAUGUUGUUAAAGAAACUUACAAUAAAAUUGUUGAAGCAAGUAAAAUGGCUGAAUUUGAUAAACGAUCACAACUAAUUGAAAAAUUAAAGCGAGGAGGACAUAAAGUUGAUAAACUACAAAAAACUUUACCAGAAAUUCGUUCGCAGAACAACAAUAAUACCACGACUAAUUCACAGCAAAAAACCGGUGAUAGAUUGUUUGGUUCUAAUUAUGAAUCGUCAACUUAUAACAAUUCUCAUUACCAACAUCAAAAUAAAAUGGAACCAUUAAAUUUACAUAGUGACGCACAUAGACGUGAUGAAGCCGUAAAUACUGUUGAUUCAACGUUUCGCAGUGAUAAUAGUGUUCAAACUGAUAUUAAAAUGCAACAAAAUAAACAAUUAUUUCCAUUUGGUCGAGAAGAAAGUGAUUUGCCACCACAGGUUCCAAAACAUUUGCUACAUCAUCAACGAAAUAAAAAAAGUGUUCGAAUUAAAUCAUUAGGAGAUGAACAAGAACAACAACAGCAACAACCCAAUAGAAACAGACGUUCAUCUGCCUCAUUUCGUACUCCAGAAGCUGAAAAUAAUUCGGGAGAUACAUUGUCACAGUUUAGUUCACGUGAUUUAGUUCAUCGUCCAAAAUGGAAUUAUCAAAAUCCUGAAUAUCGACAAUACGUUCCAAAUUCAAAACGAGAUCCAUUCUACGAACAACGACAACGAACAAAACAUUUGGAAAAUGGUAGUUACGAAAAUAUUGACGAUGUUCAAAAACAAACGAGUUAUAAUCGAUGGAAUAGUGAUAGCGAAUUGAUUCAUCAACAACGAAAGACAAAUCAACAACCAUCGCAAACUCAAAAUCGUACAAGAUCAACUAUAUUGAGAAAUAAUAAUCAGAAAGAUAAAGAUGAGAGUAUAAUGAAUUUAUUGAAAGGUACUGAUGGAAUAAAACAACAUCAUCAACAUCAACAUCAACAUCAAGAAGCAUUUGUUACCAACGAUAAAAAUAACAACGAUGAUUUGAAUUAUGAUAAUGUAUCAUUGGAUAAAUAUGAAAAUUACGUACCUUAUACGAGAACUGAUGAAAUAUUAGAUCCAUCUAAAGCCUAUUCACCAGUACCAAACUCGAGACAAUCAUCAGCUCAACAGCAAAAUACGAGAAAUAAAACAAAGAAUUCUCAGCAGUCACAAAAUAAUUACGGUUUAACAGCUCAGUACAAUGCUGAUACACAACGAUACAACAAUGACCAUAAUCAUUCGGAAUGGAAUAAUAGCAGUCGAAGUAGUGCGGCUCCUUAUCCAUUACCGCCUUCAAGACAAGAACAUAUUCUUCAACAAUUGUCAGCUAUUAAAGAGAACUUAGUGCGACGUCAAAAAGAAUUAACAUCAUCGAUUAAUGGUAUUCCAGUUUAA